AUGAGCCUUUUAGAAAAACUGUCUGAUGGGUCGGUUAAUGACAAUGAAGUUAAGAUUGAUGACUUCCACAAGAUAGACUCCUUCGAAUUAGGUGAAAACUUUAAUUAUGAUAAGGAAUUCGAAGUGCUAGAGCAAAUGGCUCUCGAAAGUAAGGCCAAUAAGACUUUGGUUCAAAAGUUGAUGACUUUUGAAUUUGAAUUGCAUUUGAAGAAUAAGAAGCAUAUGAUUUAUUUACUAGGAACUUUCAGUGCUGCUGCUGGGUUGUUGUCUGGUGUUGAUCAGUCAAUCAUCUCAGGUGCCAGCAUUGGAAUGAAAGAUGACUUACACUUGGAACCUGACCAAGCAUCGCUUGUUUCUAGUUUGAUGCCUUUAGGUGCCAUGUUGGGAAGUAUUAUUAUGACCCCGUUAAACGAAUAUUUUGGUAGGAAACUUUCGAUUAUUAUAUCAUGUAUUUGGUAUACUCUUGGAGCAGGUUUGUGUGCUGGAUCGCAUACAUACGGUAUGAUGUACGCCGGUAGAUUUUUGCUUGGUAUCGGUGUGGGUAUUGAAGGUGGUUGUGUGGGUAUUUAUAUCUCGGAGUCUGUUCCUGCUGAAGUCCGUGGUAACCUUGUUUCGUUAUAUCAAUUUAAUAUUGCCCUUGGGGAAGUGUUGGGAUAUGCAAUUGCCGCCAUUUUUUACGAAGUGCAUGGAGGUUGGAGAUAUAUGGUAGGUUCUUCCUUGGUCUUUUCAACAGCCUUGUUGGUCGGUAUGCUCUUCUUACCUGAAUCUCCUCGUUAUUUGAUCCAUAAAAACAGAAUCGGUGAAGCUUAUGACGUGUGGAAAAGGUUGAGAGAUAUCAAUGAACGAAAAAGUAAACUUGAAUUCUUAGAUAUGAGACAAGCCGCUUACCAAGAACAAGAAGCAAAGGUAACUGAAAGCAAGACAAGGUUAUGGACAGAUUUAUUCAGAAUCCCAAGAAAUCGUCGUGCCUUAGUUUAUGCUGUUAUCAUGGUUGGAUUAGGUCAGUUGACAGGGAUUAAUGCCGUCAUGUAUUAUAUGUCUACUUUGAUGAAACAGAUUGGUUUCGACACCAAAAAUUCUGUUUUCAUGUCUUUAGUUGGCGGUGGCUCCUUGCUACUCGGAGGUAUUCCAGCUAUCUUAUGGAUGGAUAGAUUUGGUCGUCGUGUAUGGGCCUUGAACAUUGUUGGUUUCUUCAUUGGUUUAGUGUUUGUUGGUGUUGGCUACUUGCUACCACUCGACACUCCUACUCAUUUGAUGGCAGCAGAAGGGGUAUAUUUGACUGGUAUCAUCCUUUAUAUGGGGUUCUUUGGAUCUUAUGCCUGUUUAACAUGGGUCUUGCCAUCUGAAUCAUUCGAUUUGAGAACCAGAUCUAUCGGUAUGAGUAUUUGUUCAACGUUCUUAUACUUAUGGUCAUUUAUUGUUACAUUUAACUUCGACAGAAUGCAAAAUGCUAUGACUUAUACAGGCCUAACUUUAGGUUUCUAUGGUGGCAUUGCAUUCCUUGGGUUUUUCUACCAAAUCUUUUUUAUGCCAGAAACCAAGGACAAAACAUUAGAAGAAAUUGAUGACAUUUUUUCUAAACCUACCAAAGUUAUUGUGAAAGAAAACAUUAUGGGUAUGAAGAAAUUCUGGGGUAUGAGCUAG